AUGGUUGACAAAGCUGGUUCUGGUGCUGGUGGUUCGAGCGAGGAUAUUGGGGGGUUCAAGGAGCAAGAGCGGUUGUUACCAAUAGCGAACGUUGGUCGGAUAAUGAAGCAAAUCUUGCCAGUGAACGGGAAAAUAUCGAAGGAAGCGAAGGAAACAAUGCAAGAAUGUGUGUCGGAGUUCGUCAGCUUUGUGACAAGCGAAGCAUCGGAGAAGUGCAAGAAGGAGAGGCGGAAGACGAUUAAUGGAGACGACGUUUGCUGGGCGAUGGGCGCGCUAGGGUUCGAUGACUACGCAGUGCCUCUAAGAAGGUAUUUGUACAAGUAUAGGGAAUCAGAAGGAGAGAAAAUCAAUAACCAAGAUAAUCAGAAUGAAGAGAAGGAUCAGGAAGAACCAACUUCUUCGCAUAGGAGUUUGAGUAAUCGAGAUUCAGAACUAGCUCCAAAUCCAUUAAUGUUUGAGAACAGAGAUGCUGAUGAUUUCUUGGAGAAAAAGUGAUUGGGGGUUCUUUUUCUGUUUUGGUUUGUUCUUUUUCUUUUUGUCCUUGAUGGGGGUAUGUGUUAGUUUGUGCACAAGAUUGAUGAAAUUAUCUUGGCUUAAAUAUUCAUCAAUAUGCAGUUUUUCUAGGAAAAUUGGCAACACACAAGC